AUGUGGGAAAGCUAUGACAAUACCGAGGCCGUGCGGGAAGGCCGCGAGAAUCCCGAGACCGCGCAAGAAGGCAGUGAUUGUACCGAGGCCGUGCAGGAAGGAAGCGACUAUUAUGAGGCCGUGCGGGAAGGCCGCGAUAAUUUCGAGAUCGCGCAAGGAGGCAGUGACUACAAUGCCGUGCAGGAAGGAAGCGACUAUAACGAGGCCGUGCAGGAAGGCACGCUGGCGAGCGGUGGAUUCCACGUGGCAGCUGUGCCUGUCGUCGCCAACGAAU